AUGUCCUCCUCCGACGAAACUGAAGAGCUCGCACAAGGACGCGAGGGCAUGAGGGUCUUCGCUGAGGCAGGCAUGGAGCAGCUGGGGCCCUGUCCGCCGGACCUCGUCGAGACCACCAUCGAGAUCCCAUUGCGAGACGGGACCAGCAGCCGCACCAUCAUCACCCGGCCAGCGAACCCCGCCCCCACCGGAGAAGGCUACCCUCUGAUCGUCCUGCUAUACGGCGGCGGAUGGUCCGGCGGCACGCCCGAGAUAAUGGCCGCACCGGCCCGUGGCUUCGCCGCCCUCCUCGGCGCGGUCGUGGCCUGCCCGACCUACAAGGUCGCUCCGGAGGACCCCUUCCCGGCGCCGAUGCAGAGCGCGUGGGAGGUUGUCGCGUGGCUCUCGGACCCGGAAAACCUCAACGGCGGAAUACUCGCGAAGAGCGAUGGCGUGCGGUUCGACCCGCAGCAAGGAUUCGUCGUUGGAGGAGCCAGCGCGGGCGCACACAUCGCGGCCGUCAUCGCGGGCAUCUCGGCCGUGGCUGCCGCAGAUGAGGGCAGCGAGCUCGUCCGCGGCCUCACACCCCUCAGUCACCCGCUGACGGGCGUGUUCGCGUCCGUCCCGGCCCUGUUGGCUGAGGCCGUGACACUGCCGCCCGAGUACGCACCGCUGUGGACGUCGCGGGUGGACAACGCGGACGCGCUGGUCAUGAAGACGGAGCAGAUGCACCAGUGCGAGAGGAGGCUCGCCCCCGACUUCGCCUCGCCGUGGUUCUCGCCGCUGAACCUGGACAUGGGCAGCAUCAAGGGAUAUCACCCUCCGAAGGUGUUUCUGCAGGCCGGCGAGCUGGACUGUCUUCGGGAUGACGCUGUUGUCUACGGCAAGAUCAUGAGUGACAAUGGGGUGGCUGAGACCCGCGUCGAAGUUGUCAAGGAUCUCGGGCACAUCGGAUGGGUCACAUUUCCUAUGCCAGAUGCCCACACCGAUGAUAUCAAGACGAUAUCACUCGACGGCAUGGCUUGGCUUCUGCAGAGGGACUGGGAGAGGCGUCAGAAACUGCCGUACUAG